AGAAUUGAAGAAUUGUAGACCAAACCUUAUAAAUUCACAGUGUUUACGUUCAGAUAACGACACAAAUUCAAGGCUAUUCUGCCAUCAAGUGGUCAAAAGUGUCACUGACAGCUGCUUAAAUAUUAACCCUCUUAUGUGCAGAAAUACUCGUUUCACAAGCUUGAUGUUGAGUCAACUGGAAGGAUAUGACGAUAAACAGGGUACAUAAUCUUCUCUUGUUUUAAAGGUUAAGUAUGUUUUCCAGGAAUCUAUGCCUAGAACAAGACACACCUUCCAGUCGUUCCAUAUUAAUAACAGCGGAAUUGUUUCAGGAAGUGCUUUCGGUUUCUGCAUAAGUUACGUCUUGAACGGUACAGUAGGAUUCGUUCAGACUUCAUUGGAUCUGUGUACGUGUGCACUGCUAUUAAGUGAUCAAGUACUGGAAUUGAUGCAAUAAAGACGUAUUUACCAAUGGCUCCACAUCCUGUCACCGAAGCCAUCAUAGAUCUGUCAGCUGGAGCAUGUGGUGGGAUUGCCUGUGUAUUAAGUGGGCAGCCCUUUGACACAGCUAAGGUGAAGAUGCAGACCUUCCCCAGUAUGUACAGAGGAUUUAUUCACUGCUUCGUCUCCAUCUACAAACAGGUUGGAUUGCGAGGGCUCUAUCAGGGCACCACACCUGCCCUCAUCGCCAACAUCGCAGAAAACGCUGUGCUCUUCAUGAGCUACGGCUUCUGCCAGAAUGUGGUCCGCUUUGUUUCAGGAAUUGACAGAGGCACUGAACUCAGUGAUGUUCAGAAGGCCUGCUCAGGUUCUGUAGCAUCCAUCUUCUCCUCUCUGGCUUUAUGCCCUACUGAACUGGUCAAAUGUCGACUUCAGGCCAUGCAUGAAAUGGAGGCGUCCGGCAAGAUAGCCAGUGGACAGAAAAGUACAGUGUGGUCGGUCGUGAGAAAUGUGCUGAGGACAAACGGUCCAUUGGGUUUCUAUCAGGGUCUCACCACCACCAUAGCUCGUGAAAUUCCUGGGUACUUCUGUUUCUUUGGAGGAUAUGAACUCAGCCGGUCCAUGUUUGCUCGUCACAUGGGCAGAGAUAAAGAGCACAUAGGCGUUUUGCCCUUGAUGUUCAGUGGCGGUUUUGGUGGUGCCUGUUUAUGGCUGGUGGUCUAUCCCAUAGACUGUGUGAAGUCUCGCAUUCAGGUCCUGUCUUUAGCAGGGAGACAAGAGGGUUUCCUCAAGACACUAAUGGGGAUUUUACGAAAUGAAGGAGUGGCACCUCUGUAUUCCGGUCUGACGCCUACAAUGAUCCGAACAUUUCCUGCCAAUGGUGCUCUUUUUCUGGCUUAUGAAGUCAGUCGCAAGAUGAUGAUGCAACAAUUUAAUAAUUAAUUAUUCCAUUUAAACAUCAUUGACGACCUUCCAGUUUUAUUUUGAGAACUUUUUUAAGAGGGCAAAUGUGAAUCUGUCUUAAAGCUGCUGUUUCUGCUGUAUACUUGAUUCCCCUAUGACUUGAAACACUCACCUUUAGACAUUUUGUCUAGACCAUUCUCCCAGAUCUUUAUUCUGAUACCAAAUAAUAGUCAAUAACCUGCUGCUAAAAUACCAAAUUAUAAGUAUUCAUGUAUAGUAAUACAGUCAUGGACCAAUAUCAUUCCACAUAUAGCCAACCCUACUGAAAAGACCAGAAAACACCCAGCCUGGUUUUAACCGAUUAAGCUGAUGUAACAGGCUAAGAGAGUUUUUUUUUAUCUGGUCAGGCUGGUUUGCUGGUCUUAGCUGGUUUGAGAUGGUUUUCCCAGUAUUGCAAAGCUAAUUAAGAUGGCCUUCCAGCCUGGUCAAUAUGGUGGGUCAGCAGAUCUUCCAGCCCAACCAUCUAAAAAAGUGGCCAAACCCUCUCUAAAACCAGACUGCUACACCAUCUUAACCAACUAAAAUCAGACUGGGAGACCAGCUCAAACCAGCCAACUAGCUUAGGCUAGUUUUAGCAGGUCUUUUCAGUAGGGAAAAAUAUGUAAAUUUAUAUGAAUUUAUUAAAUGAACAGUUUAUGUGGUGUGGCAAUUAAUGUUUUGCAUUCAUAUAGAAUAGGGCCAAUGUUUAUGAGUUUAUGUGGUUUAAAAAGUUGGCUCCAUGUGGGACUCAAAAUCUUCCACGUAUUCUUUGAUCCUUGCUGCCUUUUUAAUGAGGCCUCACAUCCAACUAAGUUUAAUGACUGAAUAACCAUUCAUAUGACAAAUGUUUGAUAACCAAUAUUGUAUUUGACUUUAUUUAAAUGUAUUGUUUAUUACAUUUUAACAGCACUUCAUCUGUUACAAUGUUUCACGAGUGUUUUGCCAAAUAAAUUAAAAAAUAAAUGUGUAAAAAUAAAGUUUCACUUAUUAUA